AUGUACGGCCUGUUCUUGCUGUUACUCAUUAUUGCUGCACCUGUCGCAUCAAAUGCGAAACAGUUACCCGACAAGUUCUACGGCAAAUUCGACUUGGAUCAUUCAGAGAACUUUGACGAAUAUUUGGAGGCUAAAGGUUAUGGCUGGUUCACACGCAAAUUGGUAACUUUUGCUACGUUCAAGAAAGAAUUCAAGAAGAGCGAUAAGCCUGGAAAAUUCGACUAUGCUAAUUUGACUUCAAAGAAGAAUGUUUACUAUGAUAAUAUCGAACUAGGAAAGGAAUUUGUUGCUGAAGGCCUCGACUCCACGAAGCAUAAGAUUGUAUUCGAUUUGGUUGGAGAUGUUCUGUUUGAGAAACACCACCCCAUCGAAGAAGGAGAAGCUAAAGACGAAACUUAUGAGUACUCAUUCACUACAAAGGAUGGGAACGAGUACCUUCUUGUGAAAAUGGAAGCUAACGGAGUUGUUGGCAAGCGGUUCUACAAACGUAUUUGA